CUUUUAAUUCCUUUCGUUCCCGGGCCGGGGGGCGGCGGGGAGCGGCGGCUGCGGGGCGCUGGAUGACUUCCUAGGCGACAGCAGGCAUGCUCUGUGGGCUGAAAAAGGACUUGCAGUCCGACUUUGAUGAUGGCCCUUACUCGAAGGGGAGCAAGGACUCCGGUGGGAUGGAUGCAGCCCUGGUCUCCAGGAGGCAAAGCAUCCCAGAAGAGUUCAGAGGGGUCACCAUCGUGGAGCUGAUCAAGAAGGAAGGAAGCACCCUUGGGUUAACCAUUUCGGGUGGCACGGACAAAGAUGGAAAGCCAAGGGUCUCCAAUCUGAGGCCGGGAGGACUGGCAGCAAGAAGUGACCAGCUGAACGUCGGGGAUUACAUCAAGUCGGUGAACGGCAUUAACCUGACCAAGCUGCGGCACGACGAGAUCAUCAGCCUGCUGAAAAACGUGGGCGAAAGGGUAGUGCUAGAAGUAGAGUAUGAGCUGCCGCCAGCCGUGCCGGAGAGCAGUGCUGGCAUUAUUCCCAAGACCAUCGAGGUGUCCCUCUACAAGGAAGGCAACAGCUUUGGCUUUGUGCUAAGAGGGGGAGCCCAUGAAGACUGGCACAAGUCCAGACCGCUGGUGCUCACUUAUGUGAGGCCAGGUGGCCCAGCAGACAGGGAAGGGUCCUUGAAAAUUGGGGACAGGCUGCUGAGCGUUGAUGGGAUUCCUCUGCACAGCAUGACCCAUGCUGACGCCCUCAAUAUCCUGCGGCAGUGCAGCCAGGAGGCACUCUUCCAGAUAGAGUAUGAUGUGACCAUCAUGGAUACAGUAGCAAAUGCUUCGGGUCCUCUACUGGUUGAAAUAGCAAAGACUCCAGGAUCUACUCUAGGAAUCACACUGACGACAACCACGCAUCGGAACAAGCAGGUCAUUGUCAUUGAUAAGAUCAAGCCGGCCAGUGUGGUGGACAGAUGUGGCGCAUUGCAUGUUGGUGACCAUAUUCUCUCCAUUGAUGGCACGAGCACAGAGCACUGCUCCUUAUUAGAGGCAACUCAGCUUUUAGCUGCCACUUCAGAAAAUGUCAAGUUGGAGAUACUACCUGUUCACCAAAGCAGGCUGCCUUUGAAGCCUCCAGAAACAGUCAAGGUGCAGAAGAGCGACCACCACCACUGCUGGGACCCCUGCGUCAACUACUGUCACACCCACCACCCCGGGCACUGCAAGACGCCCACCUGGAACCAGACGUCUGGACAGGAUUACUGCAAAUCUCUGGUGGCUGCCAACUUCUCAUCUCCCACCAUGAACGCGCAGGGCUUCCCCUGCCAGAACUCCAACACGCUACCUCGCAGCUCCCACCCCAUGAGCCCCCGCACCACCAUGCUGAGGAGGAGGCAGAAGAAGAAGGAGCACAAGAGCUCACUGUCGCUGGCCUCCAGCACGGUGGGUCCUGGUGGGCAGAUAGUCCACACGGAGACGACGGAGGUGGUGCUCAGGGGAGACCCUUUGAAUGGCUUCGGACUUCAGCUCCAGGGAGGCAUCUUUGCUACCGAAACCCUGUCCUCCCCACCUCUCGUCCGUUUUAUUGAGCCUGACAGCCCGGCAGAGAGGUGUGGGCUGCUGCAAGUAGGAGACCGAGUCCUUUCUAUCAACGGCAUUGCGACUGAGGAUGGGACUAUGGAGGAAGCUAAUCAACUUUUGCGGGAUGCUGCGCUCACGAACAAAGUGGUGCUGGAAAUAGAAUUUGAUGUUGCAGAGUCUGUCAUACCCAGCAGCGGCACUUUCCACGUUAAAUUGCCCAAGAAAAGAGGUGUGGAGCUUGGAAUUACAAUCAGCUCUGCGAGCAGAAAGCCUGGGGAGCCUUUGAUCAUCUCUGACAUCAAGAAGGGGAGUGUAGCGCAUAGAACUGGCACCUUGGAGCCGGGAGACAAGCUGUUAGCCAUUGAUAACAUCCGACUCGACAAUUGCUCAAUGGAGGAUGCUGUGCAGAUUUUGAGGCAAUGUGAAGACCUGGUCAAAUUGAAGAUUAGAAAGGAUGAAGAUAACUCUGAUGAACAGGAGACAACCGGUGCUAUUAUCUACACAGUGGAACUGAAGCGAUACGGCGGGCCCUUGGGAAUAACCAUCUCUGGGACAGAGGAACCUUUCGAUCCCAUCGUCAUUUCAGGCUUGACAAAAAGAGGGCUGGCAGAAAGAACUGGAGCCAUCCAUGUCGGUGACCGAAUAUUAGCAAUUAAUAACGUGAGCCUCAAGGGCAAACCGCUGAGCGAAGCCAUCCACCUGCUGCAGAUGGCGGGGGAGACAGUAACUCUGAAGAUCAAGAAACAGAUGGAAAAACCCUAUCCCAAGAAGUCUGGGAGUAUAAAUGAAGUGAGUGACCCUGAAGAUGAACUGACGGACUCCCAGAAAACUAGCAAGCUCUCUGAGAUAUACUCAACCACAAUUCCUAGCGUGGACAGUGCUAUGGAGUCCUGGGAUGGCUCUGGCAUUGAUGCUGGGUAUGGAAGCCAAGGUACGUACAUACCUCAGGCUGCGGGCAUUGCCCUUCAUCCACAUGAAUGGAGACACAGCAGGCAAAAGAGCAGCACCCCUCCUGGGGACCCCAGGAAAAACUACCCCUACAUGGAUGGAAGCUUCAGUGAAGACGACUGGGACAAGCCCAGCAGAUACCCCAACCGCCAAAAUGGCCUUGAGACCACUCACGAGGAUAGUUUUUGGCGUGUUUUUGGAGAAGCUUUGGAGGAUUUGGAAACAUGCGGCCAGUCUGAACUUUUGAGGGAGAUUGAGGCGUCCAUCAUGACGGGGAGCGUACACAACCUGGGCCUGGAGGGAAAGCCAACACCGGCUAAGAACGAGAGGAACCUGGACAUGAAGAAGAUGGAGAAGGAGAUGCAGGAAAUCAUGUCCCCUACCCCCCUCGAGUUUCACAAGAUGACACUCCACAAAGACGCAGAGAGCGAAGACUUUGGAUUCAGUGUGUCGGACGGCCUGUUAGAAAAAGGUGUCUAUGUAAAUAUGGUCCGUCCGGAUGGGCCAGCAGAUCAGUGUGGCCUCAAGCCAUAUGACAGAGUGCUUCAGGUAAACCGCAUCCGAACGAGAGACUUUGACUGCUGUCUGGCCGUCCCCCUGAUCUCAGAGGCUGGAGACAAGCUGGACCUGGUGAUCAGCCGAAACCCCUUGGCGCUGGCUGCCAACGCUCCCUUGGAGGGGAACGGAGAGCUGCCGGCACAGGCAGCCCGUGGUGCUGAGCUCAAGGCGAGCGUCCAGACACUCUGAGCGGCCAGCGCCGGGGGCCUCUGCCAAGCC